AAUCAUUCAUGAGAGAACAUGUGGCAUACCUUGUACCGGAGGGCAAGGCAAAGGUUAAACUUAGCUGGUACAUUUGGGAAGAGAGCAGGGAGGGGAAAGCAGAGGAGGACCAGAAUUAGAGGCUACCAGCUGCAGAGCGUGACGGGCUGGAUUCUAAGCCUUUCAAUGUCAGAAGUGACCUAUCUCACCCACAAGGGGAUCUUUUUCCCCAUGAUCGAGUUUACAGCAGACAACCUCAGCUUUGUGGAAAAUGAAUUCCAGCUGUUGGAUGACGAUGUAGUGAACGUUGCUUAUAUGAAAUCAGGGACCAAUUGGAUGGCAGAGAUCUUGGGUUUGAUCCGGCAUGAUGGGGACCCCACCUGGGUACGCAGUACCUCAGUGUUUCAACGGACACCCUGGUUGGAAUUUGUUAGUGGCUUGAAGACUGCCCUUGAAUAUCCUUCACCCAGGAUGAUGAAUUCUCACCUUCCAGUCCAGCUUUUCCCUAAAUCCUUUCUCAACUCCAAGGCCAAGGUGGUCUAUACCUUGCGCAACCCCAAGGAUGUGCUGAUCUCACAUUACUACUUCUCCAAGGCUAUGAAGGGAUUGAAAGACCCUGGAACAGUCCAAGAGCACCUGGAAGAGUUCCUGAGUGGGAAUGUGCCCUAUGGCUCUUGGUUUGACCACGUGAAAGGCUGGAUGGAGAUGAAGGACAGAGCCAACGUCUUCUUCAUCACCUACGAAGAGAUGCAGCAGGACCUGCGAAGCAGCGUGGGGAGGAUCUGCCACUUCCUUGGUAAGGAGCUGAACAGCCAGCAGAUUGACUCAGUGGUGGAAAAUGCCUCCUUCCAGAAGAUGAAGGACAACAAGAUGUCCAACCUCACCCAAAUACCUGACAUGUAUAUGGACCACAGUAAAGGAAAGCUAAUGAGGAAAGGGAUCUCCGGAGACUGGAAGAACGUCUUGACGGUGGCACAGAGCAAACACUUUGAUCAUGUUUAUCGGGAGAAAAUGUGGGGUGUGAACAUGACCUUCCCAUGGGACUGAAGAUAGCCAGGCAAUUCCUCAUAGCAUUGUGUGUGCUCACAUUCCAUAUCUCUUCUGCUGCAAGCCCCUUCAUGACAUCACCAGGCAGAAGAAAUAUUGAAAAGAAUCCUGCAGUAUAUGAUAUAGUGCCCAACAAUUCUGUUUAGCUUUCUCUUAAAAGUGAGUCACAAUAAAAAGGAAUUCCAUACUCACAA